AUGGCUUCAUUGUGUUUUUCAUUUCUUCAUGGAUCUAAAGAUCAAAAUAUCAAUGCCAAUCCAGAUGUUUAUACAAGUGCUGGAAUCGUUGCCACUACAUAUUCACGAUUUAGAACAAAUUUUUGGUUGGAUAGAAUACUAUUCAUUUUAACAGUUUAUUUGCCUAUUAUACAAGCAAUUGUUUUAUUACUAUUGCAUACCAUACUCGGCGUUACUCGUUGUCUUCCAGAUAUAAAAGACGAUAAAAUCGAUUAUGCAAGUACCAAUACAUUUAUAGAUAGAGCAUGUGGUUUACAGUUAACAACAGAUGUACUACAAGGAACAGUGAAAUCAGUACCCAGUACAUUUAAAUCCACUAGUUCAAGUCAUUAUCAGUCCGGUAUAGUUGAUAAAGAAAUAAGUACAAUACGAUUACAGCAUGAAUGUUAUCCAUUUGUUUUAAUUUUAUAUGCAAUAGCAAUGUGGAUACCUCACUACUUAUAUCAUCGUUCUAUUGAUCGAACGGCUAGACGUGAUUUAUGCCUAAUACGUACAGAGUUACAUAGUUUCCGACGUGCUGUUACUCAAGAACUUGCUUAUUUACAAACCCUAGCAACUGGAUCCACUGAUGUUGAAGCACCGACAGGAACAUUUUUCUCGCCUAGAUCUACUAUUCCUACCUAUCCUACAUUACAUCAGUCAAGUACAUAUUAUCCUCAUGGUUUUACUAGUUACGGACAAAAUGAUGGUCAAAGUGGACAAACAACUGCUGCAACUUUUGGCGGUGGAUCAGUAUUAUCACAAACACCUGCACCGACUGUUAUACAUGCCCAACAAUCAGCAACUAUUGGUACAACGAAAGGUGGUAUUGUUAAUAGUCCAGACAUUUCACCUGCAUUACCAAUGAGUUUUGGUGAUGCAGAUCUAUCUGCACCUGGUUUAUUAGAUUUACCAUGUUUUCAUGCUUGUCAUGCUGACUGGUCGUUGAAUACAUACUUAGCAGCUUGGCAAAACACAGAUUUCUAUUGGACAAGAUACUUGACAAAACAUAUUGUAUUAACUGUAUUUCAGUCAUGUGGUAUUAUAUUUAUUUUUACAAUUAUUGGGGUAUAUAAAGGUACACCAUUUGCAGCAUUAUUUACAUGUCAAAUAACUGAAAGUUACUCACAAUCUAAGUUAUUCAUUUGUAUGCUACAAACAACAUUUUUAGUAAAUAUGUCAAUAUUAAGUUUAGGCUUUUUAAAUUUAACUGGAUUAAUUUUACAAAUUAUUUAUUUUUAUGAGAAUUUUAUUUACUCCUUUUGGUUAUUUAACACUAAUGGUAGUUAUAUGGGUAUUACUAAUCAACCAGCGAUAUUUUUAACUGGUGUUGAUGAGAAUCGACGUUGUUUCUUUGCUGAUUAUAUACGUUUACUGGCUUAUACAGCGUUUAAAGACACACAAUGUGAAAUACGCACACUAACUGUUAAUUAUUCACCACGUUUAUAUCGUUCAGAUUUUCAUUUUCUAUCUUUAUUAUGUAAUGAAAAUGCUCAUCUAUUACCAGAUUCUAUACAUAUACAUUAUUGGACAGAACGUUAUGCCCGACUUAGUCGUAAGCGUUUCCGUCGACCAUAUUGGGCUAUACGUCGUGGAAGUCUAGGUCAUUUAGUCAGAUGUGAAGACUUAUCAAUGAAGUUUAAUUUCAGCAAAAUUAAAAUAAGAGUUGAAGUGAAUGAUUUUGGUUUUUAA